UCGAGGCUGUGGAUACGUCGUUACAAGGGGUUAAAAGCGGAGACACGGAUAACUAAAAAGAAGGUAAAUUAAUGUACACAUAUUCUGGUCCGUUUCGCGGGGCGUGUAUGGAGUUUGGAGCACCGGAGGAAGCGGCGUGUUGGACGAAGCUGAGUUUCUAUUUAACCUGGAUGAAAAGGGAAAGACAUUCAGCUACAGUAUGUGUCCCAAACCAAAGACAAAGUUAGGACUGACAAUUUAUACAUUUGCUACGAAAAGGAAAUGUGUGAGGCGAACAUACGAGAGCUUAAAUUAGCUGUACCUAAUAGCUGGACAAAAAAAAAAAAACAAAAAAAGACGGUGCAGUGAAUUUAUUGUGUAUCUACCUAGCUGUCAGUGUGUUAUUUAAAUGGUCCGUGCAAUACAACCACACAGGAAAACCUCUACGUGUGCAUUGAUCUAAAAAGAAAGCAGCACUCGUUUUCCCCCGGUGACAUAACCCAUCCACCAUGGAUCUGUUGGAGUGUCCGCUUUGUCUCUUCCUGAUGUGUGAGCCAGUGACCAUGUCGUGUGGUCACACAUUUUGCCGGAGGUGCGUGGGGAUCUGCCUGCCGUCCAAAUGCCCGACGUGCAAAGAAAGGUUAAAGCAAAGAGAAGUGAAAAGCAUGAAGAACAACGUUUUGCUCAUUAGUGUGACUGAAAAGUGCUGCCCCGACGAGACAAAGAUGAAGUGCCAUAUACAGGAGAAGCUCAAAGCCAACGAGUUCCUGGAAGCUUUACGCGUCGCAGACGAGGGGAUAAACAUAGUCCCAGAUGACCAGAGUUUGAGGAUGUACAGAGCCGAAGCUAACUGUGGCCUGAUGCGUUUCUCUGAUGCUCUGACAGACCUUGACUACCUCUGCUGCCUUCAUCCCAACUGGACCGGGGGCUUCUUUCGUAAAGGGAAUGUACUGCUGGAAAUGGGUCAGCAGACAGAAGCCCUCAUCCAGUUCCACCAUUGCCUAAAACUUCAGUCUGACUUUGUUCCUGCAAAGAGCCAGAUCAAGAAGAUCCUGGAGGCAGAGGGCAAGGCGGUGCCGGAGGACGUGUCGUGCAUCUUGCAGAUGUUAUCUGAUUACCUAAAGGAGCCCUGCCCCAUUACCAGCCUCAGUGGCUCCCAGGGGCCAACGCACCCUGAGGCCCUCAAACAUCCACAUGGGGAAGAGGGAGAGGCCAAAGGGAGGAGAGAUGUCUUUAUGGGCUCCAAGGUGAAGCAUGACACAGGUACUGAGUGCUGCCUCAGCCUCUGCCAAGCUGUUUCCUUCCUCCCCGCUGCUGAAGAGGAUGAGGAGAUGAUGAUGAGGAAAGAAGAUGGGCAUGGCAGGGGUGAAAGUAGUCGCAGCAGAGAGAAGACUCUGGGUGUCCUCACUGUGUCAGACUUUGAGUGCCCUCUCUGCAUUAGGUUGUUUUAUGAGCCAGUCACUACUCCCUGUGGUCACACCUUCUGUAAAAACUGCAUAGAGAGGAGUCUGGACCACAAUCUACGCUGUCCACUCUGCAAACAGCCACUACAAGAGUACUUUAAAAAUAGAAAGUACAACCCCACAGUUGUGCUUCAGGACAUCAUGAACCGGCUUUUUCCCUCACAGUUGGCUGAGAGGAAACAGGUCCACGAGACUGAGAUGGCAGAACUGUCCAAUCUUACUAAAGACAUCCCCAUAUUUGUUUGCACGGUGGCCUACCCUGGAGUGCCCUGCCCCCUGCACAUUUUUGAGCCUCGUUAUCGUCUGAUGAUGCGUCGCUGUAUGGAGACUGGCACCAAGAAGUUUGGCAUGUGCAGCUACGAGCAUGGCAAAGGGUUUGCUGAUUAUGGCUGCAUGCUGGAGAUCCAUAGUCUGGAGCUGCUGCCUGAUGGACGAUCUUAUGUGGACACUGUGGGUGGCAGCAGAUUCAGGGUGCUAAAGAGAGGCCAAAGAGAUGGCUACCAUACCGCUGACAUAGAGUACCUGGAGGACCUCAAGGUCGAUGGUAGUGAGAUGGAGGAGUUGCAGGGUCUUCACGACAGCGUAUACCAGCAGGCUCAAGAUUGGUACCAGCGCCUUGGAAGCCGCAUUCGCGAACAGAUUGACAGACAGUAUGGCACCAUGCCUGAUAUGGAGGGAAACAUCCAGGCCUCGUCCAAUGGUCCAGCUUGGUGCUGGUGGCUGCUGUCUGUCCUGCAGAUGGACCCUGCCUAUCAAACCACUGUCCUGUCCCUGACCUCACUCAAAGACCGCCUGGGACACCUACGCCUUGUCCUUGAGUAUUUCUCUCAGAGCUAGACCCUGCAGCACAGUGAUAUUGUGGCCACGACUAGCCGAGUCAAAAAUUGCGCACACAGAAAAAUGGAGCGAAACCAAUGAAUGCACUCAUACCACAAAGUUUGGGUUGGUGUUAGGUCUACUCUCAUGUAUCAUGGAGAACCUUUCUAAAUGUCUUAGCUCAAGGCCAAAUCAUAAGGUCAAUAGUAGAAAAACAGUGAUUCUAUUACAAAACCCAGUGUAGUUGUACAGACUUGGGUUUUUGCUGUUUGAGUGUGUUAUCUUUCUAACCCAGUUUUCUUCCCCCAGAACGAGAGGUUUCAGAAUAUACUUGGCACUUACUAUAACACAAUACCAACAGGGCUGACCAAAGAUGCUUCAACUUUAGGUCCAUUAUAAUCGAAAAUAGACACUAGGUGUCACUGUUUUUUCUCCUGUUUUCACAAACAUGAAGAGCACACAUAACAGCAUUACCCAAGCUAGUACAGUACACUGUAUUGCCUCUUCAAAUCAAACUUGAUCUGACCAUUAACAUAGCUACAUUUGGAAUGAGAACAAAACUGAACAGCAUACACAGUUUGUGGUGAAUUUUAAGCACAAUGCACAAGUUCACGUGUUGCAUGUUAUCAUUUUGGAUACUCUGAGUCAUUGCCCUUUGCUGAAGGGCAUUGCAUAUGAUGCUUGCUUUUUAUUUGCAUCUAUUUUCUUAAAAGCCAUUGAUUAUGGCUCAUUUUAUACUAUUGAAAAAUCUGAAAAGAUCCCUAUUCACUAUUAGUGAAUAUUGCAAUAAUAAUUUAAAGUAUCAUGUGAUGGUGCCCAAAGGAGGGUCCUCUUUUAUGAAUGAAAGCUGCUGACCUGGCUGUGGUGGAAAAUGUUUUCAGUGAGAUUAUGAGGAGGAGGUGUGGUCUCUGAAAGAAAGACAGAGGCAUAUGAGCCCAGUUUUACAGUGUGAACCUGUGUGAUUCUGUAUGUUAUAUCUGUGGAUGUUCAAGUGUGGAUGCGGAGCUAUAUGUAUGCGUGUCAGCUCUAAAUAAGGAGUUCUUUUCGUCUGUCACCAUUUUUGUUUCUUUUUUUCAUUAGAUGUGGCAUGGUGUCAGCACUGAAGCUAGGUCCACUCCCUUUAGGUGCAGAGCUUAUAAAUGAUGCAUCAAGACACAGUGAUUACCAUCUUUUGAUGAGGGACGACUGUAAAAUAAUUUUGCAAGGGUUUGACUAGGCCCUAGUGUAGGCCUCAACACCUACCUCUGCCCCCUACUGUGUCUCUCAGUCUGGCCCCUCUACCACCAGUCAUGGUGCCUUUGAGUGCCUGGGCCGAUUCAUCAGGAGACCUGCAAGUCGUAGAGAUUCUACAUUACAUAGAGGAUGGACUUUUUUUUUUACCAUGGAUUUUUAUUGAUUGAUUGCUACAUUCCAUGGAAUGUCAAAGCUGCAAUAUUGUGUAGUUGCUUUGCUAACAAGAAAACGGGCUUUACUGGGUGAAACAAAAGAGCUUGUGUUGAUUUUCUUUUUUUGUUGACAAUGUGCCAUAAAUAUUUCCAUGUUAUGUGUUUUAUUGUAGUUCGCUGAAUAGUCUAUCUGUGUUUCUGUUUGUCUACAUUACGGACUCUGACGUUAGGCUUCAACCUCAUGCCUUUUGUAGUAUCAGUUAACGUCAAUCUUUUCAUGGCCAACAUAUCACUUCAAGCAGUGAGAAUUAAUGAAUCAGCAGUCCCACUUCUAGACAGUACAGUGAUACAGUAACCGUGUUAUUGUUAUAAUGUAGAUAUAGCUUUGACGCACAAAAAUGUCCCUAUAAAGGAUGAACCAAUGGCUAGACUGAUGGGUUCUGGGAAAGCAUGGGUUACCAGACAACCUCGGGACUUUGAGCUUGGGUUAAGAAACACUAUUUUUUACCAUUUCUUAAGACAGGUUGAUCGACCUCAGUUAAGAUUUUGAUGUGCCAGUUAUCAUGACAUCACUGAAAAUUGACAUGAAUCACAUCGUAAAGGUCGGUUUCCUGCUACCGGGAAUGAUUAAAGCCAAACCAAAAAGGGAUUGAGGUUCUUCUACAUUUUUUUAAUGACCGGCCUCACUAGCCUUUGUAGGAGACACUUGGCAACAUACAUUAGCCAUUGAGAUGAUUUUCACUUCCCUGUCCCACUUUUUAUCAUAGAAGACCAAUGUUUGCACAGUGUAAUUGUUUUGUGUAUUUUUUUGCUGAUGCGCAGCUCAAGUUUAUGACACUUUAUCAAAUACGUUUUGGUUUGUCAUUUUUACUACUUUAAAAUGCCUCCUUCUCACUGAGUAUGAUGUAUUUUAAUUGGCAACAACCACACACUUACAUUAAACAACUCUUAACAGAACCAUUGUGUGAUUUAGAUCAUAAUAAAAUACUAUUUACAUAUUUGAAACACUAUUUCACCCCCUGUAAUUUGAUCCAACUAUUUGUCAGCCUAAUGUUUAUAGGUUAAAACUUUGUGCUGCCAAUGCAUUACAGAGCAGUCAUUUUCCUCUCUUCUCUUUUGGACUGCAGCUUGUACCCCUUUACACCAUGGCAGAGCUCCAUUAGCCAUAGUUGCAAUGUAAUUGGGCUAUCGGGAAAAUGUCCUCCAACAGAGUCAAAAGAAUUGCACAGAAUCCACCAUUGUCUCUAAACACUGAACACAGAGCAUAAUAAGUGACCCGUUCUUGGCAGCAAUACCCUGUGAGAACGGGUCUUACACUUGUCUACCCAGGAAAAAGGCUUUGAAA